GACGAGCGCCCGAGGCUGGUGAAGCACUACCAGUAUUUCAGCUGGCCAGACCACGGGGGGCCCAAUGAACCAGGAGGGGUUCUGAGCUUUCUGGACCAAGUGAAUCGGGCACAGAGAAGCAUUCCGGACACGGGGCCGAUCAUCGUGCACUGCAGUGCUGGAAUAGGGCGCACAGGCACCAUCAUAGUGAUAGAUAUUCUGGUGGAUAUUAUUCACCGGCAAGGUUUGGACUGUGAUAUCGACAUCCCCAAAACCAUCCAGAUGGUCCGGCGGCAGCGCUCGGGCAUGGUGCAGACGGAGGCGCAGUACAAGUUCGUGUACAUGGCCGUGCAGCAGUACAUCGAGGCUGAGCAGAAAAGGCUGGAAGAGGAACAGAGGAAUAAAAGGAAGGAGCGAGACUACUUGAAUAUUGGCUACUCUCCGAUGGAAAAAGGCAGAGCCAAGGGGCAGCCCCCAUCGCCGCGAGCCCAGUCUGUGGUUGAUGAUGAGUCAGCUUCCGUCUAUGAGAACCUGAACAUCAAAAGCCCAAAGGUUUCAGGGAUGAGUAAUACGGGGCGAUAA